AUGAAGCACUCUUGCCUCAAUUCCAAGUGGAUUUUGUUCAUAUUCUUUCACGGAAUUCUUCUUUUGUUUAUGAGUUCAAGUUUCCAAUCUGCAAGAAUUCCCACUUCUGCAAUUGAGUCAGAUCGCUUGACGUUGCUUGACUUGAAGAAACGGAUUAGUGAAGACCCACUUCAAAUCAUGAGCUCAUGGAAUGACUCCACCCAUUUCUGUAAUUGGUUUGGUGUCACAUGCAACCCCUCCACUAAAAGAGUCAUCAUUCUGAACCUGCAAGCUCAAAGAUUGGCUGGCACCUUAACACCUUCUAUGGGAAAUCUUACUUACCUUACUGGAAUCAUCCUAGGAAACAACAGCUUCUAUGGUGAAAUUCCUCAAGAAUUGGGAAGGCUAGGACGCCUGCAGAAUCUCAACUUGAGCAGGAAUUCCUUUGGUGGGAACCUUCCAAGUAAUCUAAGUCAUUGUACACAACUUCGAGUGCUUGAUGUUGUUUACAACAAACUUGUUGGACAGAUUCCAGAGCAGUUCAGUUCAUUGUCAAAGUUGGUUUACCUGAGACUUGAUGCGAACAACCUUACAGGAAGUAUCCCAGCGUGGAUAGGAAACUUUUCUUCUUUGUUUGUUCUUUCCCUUAUCCAGAACAAUCUACAAGGGAGCAUACCUAGUGAGCUUGGCCGACUAUCAGGCUUGGGAUUUUUUAGUCUUGCUAUGAAUAAUCUGUCUGGUACUAUCUCUUCUCUGAUUUAUAAUAUAUCUUCCAUAUACCAUUUCUCUGUUAUUCAAAACCAACUGCAUGGAAGCCUUCCACCAGAUGUUGGCCUUACUCUUCCUAACCUUGAAUUAUUUGCCGGUGGUGUUAAUAGCUUCACAGGACCUAUUCCCGUAUCAUUGUCAAAUGCUUCUAGACUUAAGGAACUUAAAUUCAGUUAUAAUGAUCUCACUGGGACGGUGCCUCAAAAUCUAGCAAUUUGA